UGUAAUUUGCCUCCAAAUUACUUGCCCUAAUCUCUUCUCCUCCUCUGUUCUAUUCUAAGUUCGCUCGAUCGAUCUCUCUCUCCACUCUCCCAUCUCACGCGAGUCAGUUGACCACUCCACCACCAACGCCCAUCUCCACUCUCUCGUGCGUCGUGAUCCCGUCUCCCUCUGGCACUCUUCCGUUCAACUCGCUUGAUCUAUCAUCAAGACAUCAUUAAUCUGUGGGCUUGUCUUUAAUCUCUAUCUUAUAGACAUCAACAAUCUGUGGGCAGUUUUCCUCCACGUGAAUCCGUGAAUGUUUAGGUUUUCUUCCUUGCGUCGAGAUCUUCUACAUCUUGCACCUAGAUUAGCUAGUCUGUCUGAAGAGCUGAAGAAGGAACUUGAAGAUCCUGAUAGUAGGUACAACUUUGGGUGGAGUCAUGGGAAAGAGAAGCUUGAAUCUGGGAAGCUUGAUAUGUUGAAGGGCUCCUUUUAUGCAAAUCCCAUAUUAGAUGUGCCUACUACUGAUGCACAUUUAAUACAAAGAGAUGACUGGUGGUGGGUUAUGACAAACAACUCUAACAGGAUUUAUACGUAUGUGCCUACAGAUAAAGAUAUACCACAUCUGCAUAGGUAUCCAUCCUAUUGUGGAUCAAAUAUAUGGCCUGAUAAAGCAUUGCCGGAACUUGAAGUGGCUUUCAAAGCUCUCGGAAAGCUGAUACUUGAUGUUGGGUUGAUGUUGGCUUCUCACUGUGAUCAAUAUGUGUCAAAGGGGAGGAAUCAGCAUGAAAAUCAGGCUCUUGAACAAAUAAUUCUUCAUUCUUGGUGCCCUAAGGGCCGGUUGCUCUUUUACUUUCCAACACAAGAAAGUAAUUGUGUCCAAGAUGCUGACUCAAUGUCGUCUUGGUGCGGAUGGCACACUGACCAUGGUUCAUUGACAGGUCUGACCUAUGCCAUGUAUACAAGAGAUGUUGUAGAAAUACCUUGCCCUGAUAGUGCUGCUGGACUUUACAUUAGAACGCGUACAGGUCAAAUUGUCAAAGUUGUAUUUGGUGAAGAUGAAAUAGCAUACCAAGUUGGUGAAACCUCUGAAAUACUCUCAAGUGGUUAUCUGUGUGCAACGCCUCAUUGUGUCAGGGCACCAAAAGGAAAGGAGGCUUCUUGUCUUGACCGAUCUACAUUUGCAUUAUUCAUGCAACCUGACUGGGAGGAAAAGCUUAAUUUUCCAGAGGAGGGGCACAUCCACAAAGAGCUGAUCCCUGCAAAUGGUUCCCUAACGUUUGGAGAGUACAAAGAGAAGCUGCUGGACAACUAUUACCACCUGAAAAUGUGA